CAGUCCAUAUAUAAUACAUAAUUUCGUAUUAUGUAUAGAUCCAAAUGUGCACAACUAGAGAAAACGAAAUGAUCGAAAAUGUUAUUGUGUGCGUUUUGUUGUCGACAUUUUGUGUACGGUUUUAAUUUUCUCGUUCGGAUUAAGACGAUAUUAUUAUAGCAUCGAAGUGUACGGAAAACAAUACCAGAAAAAAAGAAGACGAAGAAGAAAAACGUAAUAAUUUACAAUAUAUACAAGCGCUGUGGUUUUACCACAAUGUCAUCGACACCGACAACGGAUCCAUCCUCUGCAUUAAUUUCAUCGGAAAAAUACUAUUUAGUCAAGUCAACUGAUUCUAUGGGAUCGAUGGAUCGAAAUUUUAACAACAACAAUGUUAAUAUGAAUAAUGGCGUUGAUACACAUAAUCUAUGGAAAUACAAUAAGCAUCCGCAUCAGCAGCAUCAUCAUCAUCAUCAGCAACAUCAUCAUCAUCAGCAAUUAAUGCAAUCGUACAAUAAUAUAUCAAAUGGCAUUGCAAACGACAGUAGUAAUGUUAUUGGAAAUAACAGUCAGCAAAUGCUCUCAGGAGUGCACCAACGGCAACAGCAACCUUUAAGUGCCACUACUGAAUCUGGGUAUGGUUCUGAUGAAUUCCCACAUGAUAGUCCUGUGACAGCCUCUCGAUAUGCAUCACCAAAAGCUGGCGGAACACUGUACCAACCAGAACCAUAUUUCGAUUCAUCUGCGGCCACAUGGUAUACAUCACCGAGUAGCGCGUACACACCCCAAUCAACGUCGACGUCAUACCAUCAUGUUGGUCAUUCCCCACACCUUGGUCCGCCGCAUGGACACGAUCAUUAUUCCUUAUCACCGGGUGUGACACACAUAGACGGUCACAUGACACAGAGCCAAUCACAAACGUUACCACCGAUGAGUACAUUUCGUGGUAGUGCAACACAACCAGUACCACCGACUGGUCCCCAAGGCCAAAAUUCACCUGCAUUGUACAAUCCUCAUCCGCAUCGACAUUCGCAACACAGUCCGGCAAUACAAAAUGACACAAUUGUUGGCAAAGCAAUACAAACAAUGUACACAUCAGCCGAUCAAAGUAUAAGUAGCUUCAGCAGUCCAUCGACACCAGUAAAUUCCCCGCCACCGCUCACGUCACAGGCGCAACAACAUUCACUCCAUCCAUCGUCAAGUUCGCAAGGUUCAACAUGGCAGCAAUUAACACCGGUUAUUAAUGGUGGAUCAGCGGCAGCAUCGUCAAUAAAUGGAAUGCAAAAUGGAUCAUAUACACCAGAACUUGUGUCCAGAGGAUUACAUAUGGCAAAUGCGCCAGAAAUACGACCGUUUGACGAUGCGAUAGUAUUGCUACGAGAUCAUUCUGAGAGUACGACUGGCACACGCAUGGAGGAACGACUAGAUGAUGCCCUGAAUGUGUUACGGAACCAUUGCGAACCACAAUUAGGUAUAUCAAUUGCAAAUAUGGAUGGUUCACCAUUCGUAGGCUCACCAGCCGGUCCGGGCCCUAUUCCACAAGAUAAUUCCAGCAACGAACCACCAACAACUGUUAAAUUAGAACGAGUAUCAUCCAAUUCGAAAAAACGCAAAGAGCCGCCAGAUGCGGACACAAAACCAAGCAGUUCAGUGGAAGGAUCGGCCAAAGGUGUGAAGCGGACAAGAAGGUACUGUUCAAGUGCUGACGAAGGUGAUAGUAACAUAGAUCCAACCCAUAAAGCCAUAAGAGAAAAAGAACGACGUCAAGCAAACAACGUACGAGAAAGUAAAAAUUCGCGCAGUUGUUCAAGUGCGGAGGAAGAAGAUGAGGAACCUGUGAUUAAAGCCCAAAGAGAAAGAGAGCGACGUCAAGCAAAUAAUGCUAGAGAAAGAAUAAGAAUUCGAGACAUAAACGAGGCAUUGAAGGAACUCGGCAGAAUGUGCAGUACACACCUAAAAUCGGAUAAACCUCAAACCAAAUUGGGAAUUUUAAAUAUGGCUGUUGAAGUAAUCAUGACCCUUGAGCAGCAAGUUAGAGAACGUAAUUUAAAUCCAAAAGCAGCAUGUCUGAAAAGGCGAGAAGAAGAGAAAGCCGAAGAUGGUCCAAAGUUACCUCAGCAUCAUAUGCUACCAAAUGCCCCAUAUCCUGCAAUGCCUGGACCACCUCCCAAUCUUCCUCAUAAUCCCGGCCAUCCGCAAUAAGUGUUUUGUUUCGUGAUUCAUUUGUCGUGCUUUUUAUUUGUCAUUUUUGAUAGUACAACCAUCACGCUCAAUGUUCUUAAAGAGAGUCUGAGUUUUAUCAGAAAUGUAAUUUUUCGCGUAUUAAUUGUCGAACGUCCUUCGAGCGAUGUGAUGAUAGAAAUUUAAUUUUUGCCUUUUUUCGUUUUGUCUAUUUUAUUUGAGCUUUGUGGAUGAACAAUGCACACCGGUCACUUAAGUAAUUUUUUUCUUACAAUUAUCUGUAAUAAUUUAUCAUUCUCUUGCUGAUGUCUCUGUGCUGGAUUUUGUUGUCGCACAGGAACACAAGCGACACGAAUGUAGCUUAAUCUGUUCUUUUAAACGUUCUCUUUUAUCUAUGUACCUGUGCUACGUUUCAAAUUGUUUUCUCACAGGUACACACAUAAGAUUGCAUUGUUUAACAUUCUUUGAUUUAUACUGAACAAAAAAUACAGCGAAAACUUCAAAAGCAGCAAUUAGGGGUGUUAUAGUAAAUUAGAGGUCCUAACAUGAGUACAGCCUUUAUACUGAGCUAUACUGCACAAAUACGGUGGAAUUCUGUUGUCGCUGUUCUCAUUUUUGAAUAUUUAAUUUGCUGAUUAUGUUUGACUAUAUAUGGGGAUGAUACAUGAUACUAGAUGGGUUUAUUCAAGUCAGCUGAUAGCUCGAACCAAGGUCAAUAUUUCGAUGUCAGUUCGUUAUCUCAUUACUGUCAACGACUCGAUUAACCUAGAAACGAAACACGUUCCGCUGUAUUUUUUAUUCAUAAUAAAAUCAACACCAUAUCGAAAAGAUCAACGAAAAUUUGCGUUACCAACAUCCAUUUGAUAGCAAAUCCAAAUGCAUUCGACAUCCCAAAGUUUUCGAUAAAAUCAAAAUCGAAAAAUAUUUUUUUUUAAAUUUUAUUUUAUUUUUUGUGUGCCAUUUCAAGCCAUUUUCCUUAGAUUAAUUUUUCCAAUUUUUUUUUUUAUUUCUUUUCGUUUCUGAUUUCAAAUAAAAACAAAAGAAAAGAAAGAAAAUCAAACUCAAUAACAAUAAAAACAAAAGGUGAAAGAAUUGAAUUAGAGAAAACUUAUUGACGAAGUAGUAGAAGAAGAUGAAGAGUAAAGGUGUCCCGAUUAUUUUUGUGGUAGAAU